GCGCACGGCGGGGUUUGGGCCUCGGCGGGCACCGUCGUCAGCUGACCCGAGCCGGAAGCGCCGGGCUCUUCCGGGCAGCGGCGAUGGCUCCGGACCCCUGGCUCUCGCUGCACGGUGCCGCCUGCCAGAUCGCCCAGGAGAUCGCGGAGAAAAUCCAGGAGCGGAACCGGUACCAAAGGAACGGGGAGAGUUCAGCCAAGCUCAAUGUGGUUAUCAGAUCGUCAUUGCAGAAUCUCAGAGAGAAGAUUGAUCAGCUGAAGGACUUGCUGCUUCGGGCUGUAUCAACACACCAAAUCACACAGCUGGAGGGAGACAGAAGGCAGAAUUUGGUGGAUGACCUUCUCACACGACAGAAACAACUUCAGGCAUCGUAUAAGAACGAAGGCACAGAACCAGACGUGAUAAGAUCUAGCCUGAUGACGGGAGGGGUCAAACGAGGUGUAACCAACCCCUGGCUCUUGGAAGAAUCUGAGGAAACCAGAGGACUUGGCUUUGACGAUCUCAGGCAGCAGCAGCGAAGGAUCAUAGAAGAGCAAGAUGCCGGACUCGAUGCUCUGUCUUCAAUCAUAUCCCGACAAAAGCAAAUGGGGCAGGAAAUUGGGAAUGAGCUGGAUGAACAGAAUGAGAUCAUCGACGACCUCACUAACCUGGUGGAAAACACAGACGACAAGCUUCGGAACCAGACGCGGCAUGUGAAGAUGGUGGACAAGAAAUCAACAUCCUGUGGAAUGCUGGUGGUGAUUGUGUUGCUGCUGAUUGCGAUUGCUGUGGUUGCUGUCUGGCCCACGCAGUAACGCGGAUACGGGGCCCGUCGGAGCUGCUGCUCGACAGCUGAGUGCGCAGGACUCCAGAGAAGAGACCGACUUUGUGCAAAGACCUUCUGUGUUGUAAAUAAACUCAACAGUAUUAGAACGAAGCUGUGUCCCACAGACAUCCGUUCUUCCUUCGGUGCACAGCUGAAGAGCGCUGCGUGAUUUGAAGGGUUUGAAUUUGGAAAGCACUCUCUUCCCACCUUCUUUGGCACCCGGGAGGCCGCAGCCGGCCGUACGAUAGACGUGCUUCCCGGUGCAGCUGCGUCUGAGCACGCGCGGGUGUCAGGGUGCUGCCUGCCCGGCCCACCGCUGCUUCUGCCCUGCGGUCUGUCAUCCUGAGGGCUUUAAAAUGCCGAAAUUUGUUUGGUGUGGAUUGGGAGCACGGCAGUGGCACUCCUCCGCUUUCCGAUACCUUCCUUCCAAAUGAAAACGCUUGACGUUUUUCAAGGAAUCGAUGUUUUGGGGAAUGACUGCGUCUGGAUGGUGGCAGGAUGGGAAGCGAGAGCACGCGCAGCCCUGCAAGGAGGCGCAGGACCCCCGUGAGCUGCAUGGAAACGCUGGCGAGGGAGUCAGCCCUUGGGGAGAGUUAUCGGUGUCGAUCUCCAUGGAUAGAAAUGGAAACAGCAGCGGGUGUCAAACCAGGUGCAGAAGGGUGGGAAGCCUUGUGCAAAAGUGCUCGUGAGGAAGGCGUGCUCUGCCGUGCUCUGCCGUGCUCUGUCGUGCUCUGCCAGGCUGACCGCGGGAGAUGCGCUGCCGCUCAUGUGCUAAUCUGGGCGAUCGAGGUCUGCCUCUCUCUUUUAUAACUUUUCACACGCUGUUAAAACUGAGAGGAAGGAUUACUUAUUUAAAAGCUAAUGAAAAAGAAGUAUCGAAUGUUCGCUUCUGGCCAAGAAAAUAAUUAUUUUGUUACACACGCCAGUUUGAUUUCAGAAUUGAUAGAACAAGCAAUAAAUAUUGAAUAAAAGCUGAUCCAUUUAUAUUCAAGUUA